UUUUAAAAUGAAAGUUAGUAUAAAAACUUUAAAAGGGAACGAAUUUUUCGAUUUGUAAUUCGAAAAUCAAACAACAGUAGGAUAAUUAAAGAUAUGAUAGCUUAAUAAAAGCAAAAAGAAAGAGACACUUUAAAAUUAGUCCAUAAAGGAAAAUAAUUAUUAGAAGAAUCUAAAACAUGUGGCGAACUCGGAAUAAACGACAACGAUUUUAUCAUAUUAAUGAUAUUUGUUAAAAAACCUGAAGGAUAAUAACCUCAACAAGAAUAAAAUUAAUAAUAACCACAAUAAGCUUAAUAAAAACCAGAAGUACCUCCUUAAAAGCCUCCUUAAUAACAAUAACCUUAAACGUAGCCUCCUACAUAGGCUUCGGAUAUGGUUAUGGGAGCUGAAUUAGAGGCAAAAAUAGCUGAUAUUGAAUCUAUGGGAUUUGAAAGAUCUAAAGUUAUUUAAGCUUUGAAAGCUGCCUAUAAUAAUCCUGAAAGAGCUGUAGAGUAUCUUUUAAGUGGGCAUAUUCCCUCUAGACCUGCUUUUGAAUAACCCCCUUAAUAACCUUAAUAACCUUAAUAAGGAGGAGUUUUAGGAGAAGAAGGGGUAGGUAAUUUAGGAGGUUUAGAAGAACUUUAAUAAUUGGCACAAAAUCCUUAAUUUUAACAAAUUGCAAUGGCUAUAAGAUAAAAUCCAGCACUUUUAUAACCUAUUAUGUUAUAAUUAGCUUAAUCUAAUCCUUAAUUAGCUACACUUUUGUAAUAAAAUCCUUAAGCUUUCUUAUAAUUACUAAUGUAAGCAACAGGAGGAGAAUAAUGUAUUUUUUUUGAUAAUGUUAUUUUAAUUUUUUUUUUUUUUGUAGAAGUAUCAAGGAAUGCAAUUUAAGUUACACCAGAAGAAAAAGCAGAUAUUGAUGAAAUUGUUUCUUUAGGUUUUGAUAAAAAUGAUGCUUUGGAAGCAUAUAUUUCAUGUGACAAAAACAAAGAAUUGGCAAUAAAUUAUUUAUUUGAUGCAAAAGAUAGUGGAACUUUAUUAUCUAGUCAUAUUGAAAAAGAAGAAUAUGAAUCGGCUUAAUAAUAAUCAUUAUAAAAUUAAAAUUAAAAUUAAAAUUAGAGUACAAAUUAAAAUUAAAAUUCUAAUAAUUAAAAUUAAAAUAACUAAAAUAAAAAAGAUGAUGAAGAUGAUGAUAAUAUUUUUAAUUGA